AUUUUCUGAGUUUUCCUUUAAAAUGAGUACAUCUUGUCCGGAUGUUGUUUUGUUAUCAUUUGGUUCAUAUAAUCCUCCAACUCUCACGCAUUUCAGAAUAUUCGAGAUAGCGAAGGACCACUUCAAGCAAAUCAAUAAGUCACGUGUGAUAGCUGGAAUCAUCUCAAUCAUUGAUGAGGAAUCUGACGUGCAAUCAGAACACGUUUCCCUCGACCAUCGAAAAUCUAUGGUGAAUCUAGCCCUCAAGUCUUCAGAAUGGAUAAAACUCUCAGAUAAACCGUGUCGAAGGAGUGAUCCUUUCGCUAUAAGGGACCUUUUGCAGUAUUUUCAAAAUGCCAUUAAUAACAUUACAAGUGGAACAACAAGUGACCAAGAAUUUGAAUAUCCUGAAUGGCUGCCGCCGGGCAUACACUUCUCCGGGAAAGUUCAAGUCAAACUUCUGGGGGGUGUUGAUUUAUUUGAAAACUAUUUCCGUCUCAAGGACAAACGAAAGGAAGAAGAGCUGGAGGGAGUUCUCAAGGAUCAUGGAAUUGUUAUAGUUUCAAAAAGCAGUGCACCGUGCGAAAGAAUUGUUUUCGAUUCCGACUUGUUGGCUAAGAAUAAGCAAAAUAUAACACUUCUAACAAAUUGGGCAUCAAGUGAAGUCACCUCAUCUUUAAUAAGGCGCCUGAUCGGUCGUAAGCAGUCAGUUAAAUAUCUUCUAGAAGACUCUGUGAUAGACUACAUUCGUGAUAACAACUUAUAUGCACACUACCAUGAUAGCAAUAUCGAACCAAAACUGCCUGAAUCACUGCCAGCUUUACAAAUCAGAGAUAUCACUCCAGUCGAGCAGAAGGACGAGAUUUCAUCAACAUCUGGGGAGAAGGAGGACUCGAAGGAGAAGUCUCGGAAGCAUGCCAUUGACUACAAUGGAGACCUGUCAGAAUUUUUGAAAUUUGCCAUUGAAACAAAACGUAUAAAAGCUGUUCGAAAGGAGCAAUAUUUCGUGUGAAAUGUAUUCAAACGUUUAAAAAGAUUUUACAAGUUUUUCCCAUGGAUUCAAUUGUAGGAAAAUUUAGAUAUACUCAUAUUUGCCUUGUUACUGCAUGCCAAUAGAUUUUAACUAAUUUUAACUAAACUCUUCCA